CGAAAGCGAAAGCGCCGGUCGGCAGUCGGCGGGUCCCGGAGGCCUCGGCGGGGGCAGCGGCGGCCCCGGGGCACGGUCCGAGCGGGCAGGGGGCUUCUGCCGCGGGGCCGGGGCUCCGGCGCGGCUGAGUGAAGAUGGAUUCGUUUGAGGACUCCUUCAUCUACCUGCCCCAGGCCGGGGACCCGGAGGGUGGCUCCGAGGAGAUGACCCCCGAGCGCAUCCAGCAGGAGGUCGAGCACUGCAAGGAAGUUUGUCGUGCUCUGGAGCAAGACAGUGUGGACUUACACAAGGCCAAGGGAGCUGUGGAGCAAAGGACACAAGAGCUGAGGAAAGAGCAAGAACUCCUUUGUAAAAAGUUUGAGCUACAGAUGUCUUUAAAAAGAGACGAGGAGGCAAACUGCCAGAUGAACAUCUUUUUAGCAAGGGAGGAGAACAACAAACUAAGGCAGGAGAAGGAGAUGCUGGAAAAGAAACUGGAAGUAGUGAAGAAGAGGAUUCCCUGGGAGGAUCCACUGAUGAUGAUAUCUGCCUUGCCAGAGAAGAAAAUGGUGUUUAAGAGCCUUGUGUCAAACAAGGAGGACAUGAACAAGCUGAUACUCACCCCACUGAUCCGCUACCCUCUGCCUGGGGGCUCGGCUCUCAUCACCUUUGAGAAGGCAGAGGUGGCCCAGAGGAUCAUAGAGAUGAAGGAGCACGUGGUGGAGCUGAGCUGUGGGGAUGAGCUGGAGGAGCUGGACCGGUGCAGAGUGCGAAUGCAGGCAGCGCCCGUGGACAUACUGCUGCCCUCUGCCGUGGAGAUUGGGCUGAGUCAGAGCAACAGGAGCAUCCUUGUAUCUGACCUGCCCAACCUGGGCAUCCCUGAGGAGUCACUGCUGGACAAGCUGGAGCUCUUCUUCAGCAAGACAAAGAAUGGAGGUGGUGAGGUGGACAGGACAGAGUUCCUGGAUGACUCUGGGCAGGUGAUGCUGACCUUCGCACAGGAGGAAGUGGCAGAGCUGCUGAUUUCCAGAGGACACAUCCAGAUGCAGAUUGGCAAAACAAGCUACAACCUCAAAAUAUCUCCCUGCAUAAGUGGAAACAUCACUGACCUGCAGCUCCAGCCCUCCCGCUGCCCCAGGACCGUCCUGCUCUCCGGCAUCCCCGACGUGCUGCCUGAGGAGGCCAUGAGGGACACGCUGGAGAUCCACUUCCAGAGGCCCAGCCGUGGCGGGGGGGAGGUGGACGCCCUCGCCUACGUGCCGGCGGGACGGGACGGGGUGGCUGUUUUCGCGGAGGACGCGGGUUAACCCCGGGCUGCCCGACGCGGGGGGAUGCUCCGCGGGACCGUGAACAUUAAACUCGGCAUCUGCAGCCA